GGAGAGGCUGUUCCCUCAGCCCCGCCGCCGCCGCCGGGAACCUGCCUCGCCUCCUGCGGGGUGACCUGCGGCCGCGCUCCGGCAUUCCCGGCGGAGGGGCCGCCGCCUCCCAUGUGGGUGUCAGCCCUCUUCCCUCUCCGCCGCACGGAGAGACACCUCGUCGCGGGGCGAGCGGACGGGACGAACGCCGGCGCGGUGAGGCCAGGCCUGGCCGCCCCCGCGGUGGCAGCGCCCUGAGGGAGGGAGGGAGCCCCGCGCCAGGGGCUGCAUCCAGAGGGUGUGCGAGGAGCUGCGUCGCCUUCCUUGCCCGGGUGUCCCAGCAGGAGCCGUAACCGCACGUAGCCCCAGCCCGGUCCAGCAGCGCGCAUGAGGGAGUGAAAGAGGAUUUGUGUGUGAUCGGCAUUGUGCUGCACUACAGUGAAGAGGUAUUUUUCACUUCAAGACACCCUGCAUUAAAGGAUCAUGGUAGACAGCUUAAUAGUUUCUUUAAGACUUCUCGGCUCCUUGGCAGUGCUGGGAUUUCAGUUUGUCAUCCCUCAGCCUUCAAUUGAACACAGAAAGGUUCCCCAGAGGAUAGAAGAGCAAAGCGAUGCACCGGAGGAUAGCAGCGGGGGAAUCCCAGGCAUGUGGGGCAGCUGGGGCCCCUGGUCUGCCUGCUCUCGGAGCUGCAGUGGUGGGGUGAUGGAGCAAACACGGCCAUGCCUCCCAGCCUAUUAUCGGGAAAGGGGCUACCGGCGGCCGGGCCGGCAGUACCCGGCCUCAGAGAGGACUCUGGCUCAUCAGAAUGCUCGCCACCACGAGGACUCGCUGACUGCCUAUCCUGGCCAUGUCAUUUCUGCCAUCCGCACAUCUGUGCCGCUUCACAGGAAUGAGGAGCAGCUUUGGGCUGGCCUUCGGGCCCCAGCUCCUUCUGGAGGCGGAAACACCAGCCAGCUGAGCAGGGGGGCGCUGAGGGGCAGCAGGCACUCCCAGUCCCAGAGGCAGAACGCCAAGCCAGAGAAGAGAAGCAGAAACAGAAAUCCUAUUGGUCCAGGAAAGUAUGGAUAUGGAAAAGUCCCAUACAUUUUACCUUUACAAACUGAUACUGGUCAGCAGCCUCAGAAACUUCGGAGGCAGCGACAGUCAUCAAGGAACCACGUAUUUCAUCAGAAUCCAAGCCUCAUGAACGCUUACAGCCAGGCAGCUAGUCCUUCGCUUCAACACGGGAAUCUUUAUCAAGAAGAAAGUGGGACUCAGGCUGGGCAUCAAGUCCUGGGACCCUCAGUUUAUCAGUCAUCAUCGUUCCCUGUGUCGCAGAGCCUGUUUCACAGCAGUGACUCCAGCCAUCACGGGUCUGCGUCACACCAGGCCCUCCAGGGCCAGCCCCAGCCUCAAAGGGCUGCAGCAAUUGUAUGCAUUGGCGCCUACAAGCAAUAUAAGCUCUGCAACACAAACAUGUGUCCCGAAAGCAGCAGAAAUAUUAGAGAGGUGCAAUGUGCAUCAUACAAUAACAAGCCAUUUAUGGGUCGAUUUUAUGAAUGGGAACCUUUUGCAGAAGUGAAGGGAAGUCAGAAGUGUGAGCUGAAUUGCCGUGCGAUAGGCUACCGAUUCUACGUGCGGCAAGCUGAGAAGGUGAUCGAUGGGACGCCCUGUGACCAGAACGGGACUGCCAUCUGCGUGGCCGGGCAGUGCAAGAGCAUUGGCUGUGACGACUAUUUGGGUUCAGACAAGGUGAUUGACAAGUGUGGAAUAUGCGGAGGGGACAACACUGCUUGCAAGGUUGUGUCCGGAGUUUUCAAACACACGCUAACAAAUCUCGGCUACCACAAGAUAGUGGAAAUUCCCGAAGGAGCUACUAAAAUCAACAUUACUGAGAUGUCAAAGAGCAACAACUAUUUGGCGUUGCGGAGUCGAUCAGGACGGUCCAUCAUCAAUGGAAACUGGGCAAUUGAUCGACCUGGGAGAUAUGAAGGUGGUGGGACAAUGUUCACUUAUAAACGUCCAAAUGAAAUCUCCAGCACUGCAGGAGAGUCAUUUUUAGCUGAUGGUCCAACAAAUGAAGUCCUUGAUGUCUAUAUGAUACAUCAGCAGCCUAACCCAGGUAUACAUUAUGAGUAUAUCAUUCCAGGAGACAAUGUCAUUAGCCCUCAGUUGCUUGCUCACAGGAGGCCAGGGGAGCCCUUGAAUGGUCAGCUAGGAAUGCCAGAAAGUACAAAUCACGAGGAUGAGGAUUUGCACAGGGAGACAGACACUCUCACUGGACAGUCAGCUGGAACUUUUCCAGUUAUUCAGCCAGGAAGAUUUCCUUCUCAUCAGCCAGAAAACCAGGUGCCUGCUGUGCAACCACCAAGACAAAACCGAGAAUACAACUGGAAACAGAUUGGAAAAACCGAGUGCACAACUACAUGUGGGAAAGGGUCACAGUACCCAGUUUUCCACUGCGUCAACAGAAUCACUCACGAGGAGGUAUCUGAGAGUUACUGUGACAGCAGCACCAAACCCAUUCCAGAAGAGGAGGCCUGCAACCUCUUCCCAUGUCCAGCUUUCUGGGAUAUAGGGGAGUGGUCCGAGUGCAGCAAAACAUGCGGCCUUGGUAUGCAGCAUCGACAGAUCUUGUGCCGGCAAAUGUAUGCCAACCGUACCUUGACGGUUCAGCAGUACCGCUGUCAUCACCUGGAGAAACCAGAGACAACCAGCACGUGCCAGCUGAAGAUCUGCAGUGAAUGGCAGAUUAGGACAGAGUGGACUUCAUGCUCGGUGCCUUGUGGAGUGGGGCAGAGGACCCGAGAUGUGAAAUGCGUUAGCAACCUUGGGGACAUUGUUGAUGAUGAGGAAUGUAACAUGAAGCUGCGGCCGAAUGACAUUGAGAACUGCGACAUGGGUCCCUGUGCUAAGAGCUGGUUCCUGACAGAGUGGAGUGACAGGUGUUCUGCAGAAUGUGGUGACGGCGUCCGUACGCGUUCAGUGGUUUGUAUGACGAACCAUGUCAGCAGUUUGCCUCUGGAAGGCUGCGGCAAUAACAGACCCUCUGAAACAACUUCCUGUAAUAAUGGGCCCUGUGCUGGUAAAGUGGAGUGGUUUGCUGGGGGCUGGACACAGUGCUCUACUGAAUGUGGCAGUGGAACUCAACAGAGAGAAGUAAUUUGUGUUAGGAAAACUGAAGGUAAUUUUGAUGUUUUGAACCCCUAUGACUGUGCAUAUUUGGAAAAACCUCCCAGCCAACAAUCCUGCUACCUCAAACCCUGUGGAUCUAAGUGGUUUCAUACAGAAUGGAGCACAUGUUCCAAAUCCUGUGAAGGAGGAUUUCGGGUUCGAGAGGUACGAUGUCUAUCGGAUGACAUGACAGCCAGUACGCAGUGUGAUCCACAGCUUAAGCCUGAAGAAAAAGAACCAUGUAACACGCAAGAUUGUAUCCCUGAAAUAGAUGAGAACUGCAAAGAUAAGUACUACAAUUGCAAUGUGGUGGUUCAGGCCCGGCUCUGUGUCUACACCUAUUACAAAACAGCCUGCUGUGCAUCCUGUACCCGUGUGGCAAACAGACAACCAGGGUUUCUAGGACGCAGAUAACAAAUACUCUUCUACUCAAAGUGGCAAUGUCAGUCUUCGGAUGGAGCUUGAGCAGUGUUACUGUUUUGAUUACAGCAGGUUUUAGCUUCUUAGAGAUUUUUUUUUUUAUAUUGCUGAGUACAUCAAGACUAUGGUUAAAUCUCACACCCUUUCAGUUACAGUUACUGUGCAGUUAUGUUUUUUAAAAUGUUUGUUGUAAAACCAUGAUCUUUUUAAAGCAUUAAUUUUUAAUGAUACUAUUCUUUGCACCUGCUCAUCAGAUAAUUAUUUAAAGAACGUACCAGCUUUAGUAUUGUGAAAUUAAUGAAAACAAAAUCAAUCACAGGCAAUUACUGGAGAUAUCUGACCAGUAUGGAUGCAGCUGCUGCAUUAUUUUCUGAGUGCUUACUAUUACUUGGUAUUUUGGACUGCCUUAAAUUAGACGAUUAAAUCAAUGAAACAUGCACAUGAGGAAAUAAUGCUUCACAAAGAACCAGACCCUUGAAGACCCAUUUAUCAUCAGUUUCUUAGCACUCUAACGUAUAUUUUUAAUUACUUCAGUCCAUUCAUAAUAAAUGAGAGUCACUCAUUUAUUGAGAGAGAGAGCUAAGCUCUCUCAGUUGUAGUUUUAACUAACUUCCUCUCCUCAGGCAGCAAAUAUAUAUAUACACUUGACUGCCAAUAAGUGCCUUUAUAUUUAAUUCAUAAACUCUUGAAUUUACACUUUUCUAAUUUUGUAUGGAUUUUAAAAUACAUUGCCUACCAGAGUGCCACUAGUGCCUAGCCCUUUAAGUCAGCUGUCAGUGAGAGAGGUUUACCAGAAAGGUGAAGAGCCUUUGCUGGUGUAAAAAAAGUGAUUGUUUCCAUUGGCAGGGUCUCUUUCCUGUAGGGAAUUAUUUCAUUGAACUGGUAUCUUGCCUAAUGCCUUGUCUCUGCACUAUUGCUUAACAACUACCACACCAAAGUACUUUGUCACCAGUUUCUGAAACACUCACCAAAGGAUGAAGGCCUCUGUGCUUUAUAGUAGUCUGUUGCUCUUGCUAUCAGGCAGCAGUAUGAGUGUAGUAGAUGAGUAGCUGUAAAAAGGAGAUCUUAGCUAUUGACAUUCUUCAGGAUUUGAUCAGUUAUUACAACAUACUUGUCUUUUUUUAGUCAAUGUUUCAUCCCACAGAUCUAUUCAUAUCAUCCUUUUCUACUACUCAAGAACGGCUCCAGACUUAAGAGCUGAAUUUAAGUGGUGAUUUUUCAUUUCUGCAAUUACUGUACUAAGCCUUGGGGCUCGCUAAACGCAAACAGAGUGUGCUGUGCAGUGCAGAUGAAAGAUUUUGCAUUAUCUGCACGUUCUCUAGCCUUUAGCUGAGAGGUCUUUCAAAUGUGUAGAUAAGGCUGAGGGAAAAAAUAAACACCUCUUCUUAUUUAGCUGUUUAUUACAGCACAUUGCUUGUAAAUUAGUGGUACCCAACUAUGCAUCUACUUCUGAGGUGUCUGUUGUCUGAGCUGAAAAACAGGUUUAAUAAUCUAUGUUAAGUCACUUCCAGCAAUGUGAUAUAACAGUGAUUCAGGCGUCAUCCUACUGAUGAAGAGCCCUGUUUGAGCCUCGUUGUGUAUUCUUUUCUUCUUACUGCUUUGGUGGAGAGGGCAUAGAAGAGGGAAUGGGGCACUGGGAGGCAAAGGCUGCUGAGUGUGGUGCUAGUCACAUCAGUUUGUGUGCCAGAAGCCACAGGAAGGUGGGACUAAAAGCUGCCCUGGAUUGAGACAAACGUUAGAUUUUUUGAUUCGGUCUUGUGAAAAAUAUAUUUUGGACAUGAUGAACUACUACUGUUUGGCUAAGUGAAAUGGAGAAGUGCUUCCCCUAAAAUUUGAAGUUACUCUUUGUGACUAUGAACCAAUAAUGUCAUUGGCUGUUUCUGUCCAUCUUGAUUUGGGCUUUUUCACUGUAAUUAAUUGAUAUAAAGCUGUUAGAAACAGAAAUGCUAAUUAGAAAAUCUUCCAUUUGAGUUCACGAAUCUUUCACAGUCCUGUUUCCUUGCAUUAUAAAGAUGUAUCCAUAAAGAUAAUUUACAGAUUUGUGAUCGUAUUAUAUUCCUUGACCAAAGAAUGAUACGGAGAAAGUGCAGCAUAAACAAUUCUGGAAUCCAAUAUUUGUAAUAACAGAUUUUCAUCUGGAUAUCUCAUUGCAGCAAAUUUUGACGUACAGUAUAUAAUUUUUGCUGUUGUCUCUUUUGUCCCAAGGAAGUGUAUCCUGCCAGCUUGAGGGAAAUAACUGAUCCAUAAAAAGGCUUUCUGAAAACCACAAGGUGAAUGAAAUGCAGAGGUAAUCAGGUUUGCCAUCAGUUAAUAAAAAAUAAUCUGCUUGCACACACUUCUGGCUGUGAGACAGUCAGGGACUCAGCACAUAGGCAGGCGAUCCUGGUCUUUUAUAAAAUAUGUUAAUUUUGCUCUGGAAUAUGUCGCCAUUGGGUUAUAUUACAAAGUUGAUCAUCUUGCAGGCACCAUUAAGCUGCCACUAAAGUAAACGGAGUUCAUGGGAGCUAAAUAUCAAAGGAUAUAUACAUACACAUAGAAAUGCAACCCUGUAUUAUGCUGCAGGUAUGCAGUGAGUUAUGGUUAAACAAAUUAUACUUUUUUUUUUAGUAAAGGGACAGUUUUCAGAUGUACCACAUAAAACAAAAAAAGAUUUUUUCACCUACUUAAACCCAUAAUGAUAAGGAAACUGCCAGAAUGUUGCUGAUCUUAAUCAUUUAUCAUCUCUUCUCAUGUGUCAGCAUAAUCAAAAUAGUUGUUCCUACAAAAUGAAACCCUUCUUUGCAGCACUUUGAUGUACUAAUAUUACUUACACAAAGUAAGUGCUACGCUAAGAUUUCACAAUCUAUAUUAUAAAGUGCACUUUUGAAGUGGUGACUAUAGCAAGUGUUUGUUUUAGUAGAGCAGUGCACCAAUUUAGGAUGAUGCCUGCAGAGGGCCUGAUUUUACUUUCACUGUAAUCAGAGGUGGCCUUAAUUAAUGCAGUAGACUUAGAGCACGUGUAAAACCAAUAUAAGGAAGAAACGAUGCAGGCUUCUGAGUUUGAAUGCUUUAAUUUCUUUUUCUCAUAUUUUAACAUCAGUCAAAAUCCUGCAGAAUGGUGGGAAAAAAUGCUUCCUUGCCUUAAAUGUCUUCACCUUACACAAUCCAGUAAGACCAGAGUAAGUGUAGGAAUACUGCUGUAGAUCGUUGAUGGAAAGAGUCUAAGCACUCUAACUGCUUUUAGGGGUAAAAUCAGCAUACAGCUCUCAUGUCUUGCAGACGGCCAAAAUUGGCUGCAUCCAGAGCAAGCUCUGUGUCUCAACUUUCCUUCUGGAACUGAGGGCUGUUGGUAUGCAGUUGUUUAUCAAGUUAUCAGGGGUCCCUCAGGGUUUGCUAGCUCCUGCACAAUUUCAGAUCCAAGCAUAUGUUGUUGGUUAGAUCCCACUUUUAUGACAAUAUCGUGCAGUUCAGUUUGGUCCUUUUAUACAGCAAAAGCCCAAUGUGCUGCAGUGCAUGUUAAGUUAUUGACAUGUUAAUGUACAGACAUAUUUUAGGUUACUUGCUUAUCGACUUGAUAAAAGUGGUCAGUAUAGCCCUGAGUUGAGUGAGUACAUAAAAUUCAUAGAACAGAAGUCCAGAUGGGGCAGCAGUAAUUCCAGGACCUGGGUUCUUACUUUGCUAUGUCCGAGUCCUAGAAGAUGCCAGUGAUCACCACCAAGGGAGGAAGGAGGCAGAUGCCUGAAGCAGUUUAUGGCUAGUAAGGGGGAGGUUAUGCGUUCCUGAAGGAAAUACUUUGCUUCUACUCUUUACAGUCUAUACCACCAUAAGUAGUGAAACAUGCUUUCCAGGGCUUUGCUUUUCUUCGUCCUCAUCCUGACAUGUCUCCUUUUAAUAUCCACAAGUGUUCUCCUCGUCCUCUUAUCUCACCUCCAUCCCUUUGUCCUUUGGAUGACAAUACUCAAUUUUGCCAGAAUUACUGAAAAUCCUGAACUGGCCGUUUGGUUGAUAAGAAUCUGUGUUAGAAAUAAGCCCAGCUGUUGAGAGAGCUAUAUUCCUGACAGUCCAGUGAUUAUUUUUGUGUUUGUGUGUGUGUGUGUGUGUGUGUCUGUGUUGGCUAGUUUAAAAUGCAUGGUAUUAAACUACCUACUGAAUUAAUUCCUGUGCAGCGAACCUGUGAUUGCACAGCUAUGGAAGUGUGUAGUGACCCUUCAUUCUCACAUGUAACAUCUAUUGCAUAAAAAAAGAGAAUUAUCCUCUUCACACUCAAAAAGGAGAAACUGUGUCUACCUGGUUUUCUUGAGACUUAACACUUAGUGUCUCUGACUUCUUUAAGAGCUGUUCUGUGUACUGAGCAGAUAAUUUAUGUGCAUGUUUGUAAUUGGAACACAAAACAUGAAAUUUUGAACACUGAAAGUAAACAUCCAUUAUUCCUAAGCUUACAGAAUGUUUGUGGGGUAUACAUUAUCUGUAGUUUAGAAAAUUGAGCAAAAUAAUUAUUUCUAUAUCAGAAACGAAAAACCAUCCACUAAGCAUUUUCAAUAUAUUUUAAAAGAAAAUUGUCAUCGUUAUAGUAUCUCAGCAGUGCGGGUGAAAUUCAGACCUGGUGAAAGGGAGAAAAUUCCAUUUAAGAGAACUCACACCAGACCUGAACCUCAGCUCUUUGGUUCUCAGCUUUUAGCAACCAGAAGUUCUUAAGAAUGUGAGUUUCCAAUCUUCUAUAUCCCCAUUUACUGUAACGGGUUACCAAUAACUUACCACUAUACCUGGAGAGGAGGGGAGCUUAACAUUGAGAAAUCAUUGAUCUUCCAGCGACAGUCUGUCAUUGCUGCUUGCCCUGAACUGUUCUGUCCAUGCUGUGUUUGGUUCUCCUGAGACCAGUGGCCUUUGCAGGGGUUGGGUACGUACGAGCUUGUGAAGUCCCAUCGUAGUCACUCAGGAUCUACAUAGAGGAUCAGGAAGGACUGGAGACAAAAGAAACCCUAACUUUUUUAAUAUGUAUAAAAUUGUCUACUUGACCCUCAUAAUUGAUUUUGGCAGAAGGAUAUACUUUAUUAUAACUUAUUUUGUUGUUAUUUGUAAAUACAAGAUGUCUAUGGGAAAUAUGUAAUUCUGAGCUGUGUCUAUGGUACAAGCCACUGCACCAAAUAUUUCAAAUAUUUAGAAUAGGCAGAUUUUUUAUUAAAAGGGACCUAAUAUGUAUUUAUUUACAUAUACCAUUAAAAUUUUGUCCAGCUUUUUCAUUAUACUAACCCAGCUUUUUAGGGAAUUUUAUAGCACAGGUAUUACAUAUAUAUUUUUGUAUAUAUGUCAUACUGUAAAUCCAUAAUACAAUUUUCUAAACUUUCUGAUUAGCCAGUUCCUUGAGUGAAUUAAAGGGGGAGAGUAUAGGCAGAUUGCUUUCUGACUCGUUCAGGAAUCUGUAUCCAUGGCAAUGCACCUGAACCAGAACUGUACAGCAUCCUUUUCAUAUUGUAUACAUUUUCUCUUUGAUGAAAAAAUGUUAACUAUUUUUGUU